AUGGCGUUGUCAUUGUCGUUGUCGUUGAAGCGCUGCAGCCGUGUUGAUCCCGAACGAUGCGGGAGUGUCGGCAAUCGCCAGCGAACGUUCUCAGCCAGUGGUGUCGCAAUGCAGCAUCCCUUUGUAAAUUAUGUAUGCCCGUCCUCGCUCGGUGGUGCCGCCAGUAAUGAUUCGAACCGAAGCACCAUUUCGAGAUCAGAGACCGAGCCGCGCGGUCAAAAGUUCAAUCAGUGCGAGAGCAGAGCCGAGCUCAGCAUUCAAGUCCUGGCACUGCUGGUAACAAUUUGGUGCUGCGGGACACACCAAAAGGCGAAACGGAGCGAGCUUCUGCUUCAGUUGCUGCUGGAUGCAAUCGUGCCACUGUUGGUCCGUAUCUCGAUUGAAGUCGCCAAUGUUCGUGGCGAGCCGAGAGGCUGCUCUCCGUGUGCCAUUCAAGCACGCAGCCGCUCUCUAAAAACCGAAGCAGGUAACGACCUGGCCGGAACCUUCCAGGUCGUAAUUUUCUCACACCGUCGGAUGUUGGGACAAAUCGGAUUGAACCCGACGGCAGCGAGUCAGCGGCGUAAUACAUGCACGGCGAAAACGAGAAUCCGCAACACCAAACGACGCAUGCUGGUGGAGGUAAUCACGCCAGCCCUUCCGAAACUGCAUAGCAAGAAGCAGUCGGAAGGCAGGACGGCCGUUGCUGCUGGCCGAGCUUCUUAG